ACUAAUUACGUGUUUUUUUGCAUGUCCUGUAACAAAUUUUGCCCUUUUUGUGUCACAGUAUAAAUUAAGUUCCGUACGUGCAUACUUGUAUGCAACCAUCAAAAUUGGAAAAAAAAAAUUCAGUUCACCGGCCGACUAGCUAGCUACUACAGUAGUGGCUAUACAUGGAGCUUCUUCUUGUCCUGCUGCUCGCCGUCACCUGCUCUCCGGCGAUGGCCGACGUCGUCUCCUACAGUUUCGCCGCCGUCGGAGGCGGCAGGGCGGCGUCGAACGGCCUUGUGGUGGCCACCAACUCGUCCAUCCUGUCUCCCGCCACGUUCCUCUUCGACGCCCAGCUGUUCCCCGUCUUCAACGAGUCCGACGGCUUCCUCCUCCUCGCCGACACGCUCCAGCUCUGGCGCGCCGCCGCCGCCGGGAUGCCGCCGGCCCUCGACGCGUCAUUCAACACGACCUUCACCUUCCUCUCCUCCGCCGUCGCCUUCGUCGUCCUCCUCGACAGCUUCCCGCCGCUGGCGAGCCACCGCGGCGUUUCGGCACCGACCGACGGCGGCGCCAUGACGACGACCAACCCCAACGCCACCAGCAGCCUCGCCACCGUCGAGGUCGGCACGGUGAACUCGUACGGCCGGCGAUCCCCCAACGUCGGCCUCAACGUCACCGUGUCCGCGAACCGCACGGCGGCGCCGCAUGGCCUCACCGUGUGGAUCGAGUACAGCGCCGUCGAGCACCACCUGUGGGUGUACGUCGCCGCCGCCGGCGAGGCAAGGCCGGCCAAAUCCGUCAUCGACCUGCCGCUCAACCUCCCCGGCCGGCGGAUCACACAGAGAGCGUUCGUCGGCUUCUUCGCCGGCACGGUCAGGGACGCCGUCCUCGGCAUCCGUGACUGGAACCUCACGGUGGACAGGUUCCCGGGCGACGGGCGGCGGCGAGGAGAAGACGUUGAUGAACAGGUGAAGAAGGGCACGCCGCCGUCGCGGUGGCUGGUGGCGCUGCUCGCCGUGCUCGGCGCCGUUGCGGCGGUGGUGACCGUGGCGUCGGUGGUGGUGUGCUACAUGGUGUCACGGAGACGGGCGCUGGAGACGGAGCGAAUUAGGCAAUACACCAAGUACUAUUUUCCGGCAGGAGGGAGGCCCGGAAGCAACUGAAUGUGAAUAAAAUGAAAUUAUCGUACGUAGGAGUAUUAAUUUAUAUUACAAGUCGCUUUGAUACUUCUUUUUCUUGUCAAAUAUUUCUAAGUUUGCUCAAGUUUAUAAAAAAUUACACUAACUUUUUAACACAAAACAAAUAUAUUAUCAAAAUAUAUUAAAUAUUAGUUUUAAUAAAAAUAAUUUGGUGUUGUAGAUGUUACUAUUUUUUCUAUAUAUAAACUUAGUUAAACCUAAAAUAGUUUAACUAGGAAAAAAAUCAAACCUUAUACUCCCUCCGU